AUGCCCGAAGCACGAGACCGUGCAUCGCCCCUCCACGUGGCAACCAUCUUCGCUCGCCGCCGCGCUUCCUUCAUCUACCUCGACCCCCCUCCAACCCCAGCCCCAAGAAACCCAAUCGCGCGUCCACGCGCUCGCUAUUCUCACGCGCCGGGCAGGGAAAACACUCCCUUGGUGACACCACGACGCGGAAGAGGUCGCGGCUCCGUCCUUCCAUCUUGGUAUCCCAGAACCCCUUUGCGUGACAUCACUGUCCUUUCUCGGGCGAUUGAGAGAAGAAGAGCUAGGUUGGGGGAAAACGAAGGCCAGCAAAUUGGGGAUUCGGAUCAAGUGCUUCCUGAUCCGUUUUCUGCGUCUCAAAUUGAGCGUGAUUCUUCUGCUUUAUCUCCGAAUUCUGUUGGUGUUAAGCUUCGAACACCUGCAGGUUCCAAAGUUCCCAAGAUUAUUCUCGACAUUGAUAAUUUGCCAGAAGGAGAAUCGGAGAUUCUAACUCCUCAGAAGAAGCUUCUCAACUCUAUUGACAAAGUUGAGAAGGGUUUUCGAGAAGAGUUGCAAAAGUUGAAGAGAACUCCGAGCGCCAAGAAAGCUGAAAGGGAAAAACGGGUGAAAACAUUGAUGUCCAUGCGGUGA